AUGCCUUCCUUCUCGCCCUGUAGAGCAGCAGCUCUGCUGCAUUGCACAACAAGACUCACGUCCAAGAUAGCAAAACCGUUCCCAGCAGCACAAUGGUCACGCCUCGCUUCCACGAGGAAACAUCCCAAGAACUUCCGUCCUCCCGAGCAAGCCGAACUCGAAGAGCUCCGGGAACGGACGAUCGAAUUCUGUAGACGAGAAAUCCCUCAAGAUGUCGCGCAGACGACCGAUCAUGAUAAUGAGUUCCCGCUGGACAUGUGGAAGAAGUUAGGCGAAGCUGGAUUCCUGGGGAUCACGGCGGAUGAAGAAUAUGGUGGUCUGUCGAUGGGAUAUCAAGCACAUUGCGUUGUGCUGGAAGAGUUGAGUAGAGCUUCUGGCAGUAUUGGAUUGUCGUAUGCCGCGCACUCUCAGCUCUGCGUGAAUCAGUUCCAGCUUCACGGGACAGAUGAGCAAAAGUCGCAAUGGUUGCCCGGGCUGCUGUCGGGCGAUAAGGUUGGAGCUUUGGCCAUGUCGGAGCAUACGGCUGGUAGUGAUGUCGUGAGCAUGAAGAUGACAGCGAAGAAAUUCGAUGGCGGAUACCAGCUCAACGGAUCGAAGAUGUGGAUUACCAACGGUCCCGACGCGGCUGUCAUUAUCGUGUAUGCGAAGACGGAGCCAGAAGCCGCAAGCAAAGGUAUCACGGCGUUCCUGGUAGACACUUCGACGCCUGGCUUCAGUGUUGCGAGAAAGCUGGAUAAGCUUGGCAUGAGAGGGUCGAAUACGGGCGAACUGCUCUUCGACAACGUGUUCGUGCCCGAAUCUGCCAUCUUAGGGCCCCUCAACGGUGGCGUGAAGGUACUCAUGGAAGGUCUCGACCUUGAACGUCUAGUUCUCUCCGCCGGUCCACUCGGACUGAUGAAAGCUGCUCUCGACGUCACGCUCCCAUAUGUGCACGAGAGGAAACAGUUCGGGGUUCCAUUAGCACACAAUCAGUUCAUCCAGGGCAAGCUCGCCGACAUGUAUACCAAAUAUCGUGCCAGCUCGGCCUUCACCUACUCUGUUGCUCGUGCCAUUGAUGAGAGCUACGAGAACCCGGACAUCAAGACACAAGACUGCGCUGGCGCGAUCUUGUACUCUGCUGAGAGGGCGACUGAAUGUGGCCUAGAUGCCAUUCAGUGUCUGGGUGGCAUGGGAUACAUGAAUGAAAUGGCCGCUGGCAGAAUCAUGAGAGAUGCAAAGCUUUAUGAGAUUGGUGCUGGAACGAGUGAAGUGAGGAGGAUGGUGCUCGGACGAGCUUUCAAUAAAGAGUAUGGGACUAGAUAG